AUGGAGCAACUUCCUACUUGCACCAUAGAUCAAUGCAAAAGAUUGCUGACAGAGAACUAUCUCAUCACUAACUCGGGUUUCCUUGUCGUAUACGGGACCACGAUCUCAGUGUCCUGUCAGCCAGGUUACUCCUUGAUGGGGAGUAAGGAGAUCACAUGUGAGCAGGGAAUAUUUUUCUCUCACCAAUCCACCCGUCCUAAGUGUGUCAACCCAGGAUCCUCCAAGUACACUAGUGUCAAUAACCUGAGGUUCAACUCCUUUGCCUCUAGAGCCUCUGCACUGUACAACGUGGUCCCUCCUAGCAUCAAGUCCCUCCUUACCUUGACCACUUUCAAACCUGCUCUUGAUGCUUUCCUCAAUGAAUUCCCUGACACUCCACCAACACCUGGGUACACUGGACAGAACAGGAACUCAAUGCUGGAGUGGGCCGAUUUAGAUGCUGCUGACUCCCAAACGGUAGGAGCCAGUGGCUGCAGCGGCAAUUUCAUCAUCUUCGUUGCUGCGAAAUACUAUGCACCUGGUAACCUGGCUUGUCCAGCUCUAUCUAAUGCGUUGGCAGUGAUACAAGAUUUGUGUGACUACAGGUUUUAUUGUGAAAUCCAGGUAGGAACGGUGUACCGGUACAAUGAUCCCUGCCCAGGCUAUUCUAAAAAGUUAGAGGCAACAUAUGGUUGUACUACUUGUCUUGGAGGAUACCGUCUUGCGUACGGUACAAGUUGCACGAUAUGCGGACAGAGUUCUUACAAUGCUAAAGGGGUAUCGCAGACCUGUUCUAGCUGUCCUAGUGGAACUACGGUUAAGCCCGGUCAGGGAAAAAGUGUAGAUGACUGCAAGCCGUGGGAUCCUUGUGAUGGUGGCAACUACCUAGACCAAUCGUACGAGUGUCAACCAUGUGCACAAGGAACAUACAGCCCUGGAGUACAAACUUCAAGCUGUUAUAAUUGUCCCUCUGGGAAAACAGUGGCACCUGGUGAUGGCAGAUCAGUAAAUGACUGCUCUUGGAUUCCUUGUGUGGAAGGACAUUAUCUAAACCAAGCAACAGGAUGUCAGAGCUGUGAAGUUGGGACUUACAGCGCAGGAGGAACAGUUUCACAGUGUUCUAAUUGCCCCUUUGGUAAAACUGUGGCUCGCGUUCCUUGUGUGGGAGGACAAUAUCUAAACCAAGCAACAGGAUGUCAGAGCUGUGAAGUUGGGACUUACAGCGCAGGAGGAACAGUUUCACAGUGUUCUAAUUGCCCCUCUGGUAAAACUGUGGCUCGCGUUCCUUGUGUGGGAGGACAAUAUUUAAACCAAGCAACAGGAUGUCAGAGCUGUGGAGUAGGGACUUAUAGCGCUGGAGGAACAGUUUCACAGUGUUCUAAUUGUCCUUCUGGCAAAACAGUGGCUCGCGUUCCUUGUGUGGGAGGACAAUAUACAAACCAAGCAACAGGAUGCCAGAGCUGUGAAGUAGGGACUUUCAGUCCUGGAGGAACAAUUUCCUCCUGUGUGAGCUGUUCUGAGGGAAAAUCUGUUGCAGCAGGACAAGGUAGCUCGGAGAGUGACUGUUCCUGGAUUCCUUGUGUGGGAGGACAAUAUUUAAACCAAGCAACAGGAUGCCAGAGCUGUGGAGUAGGGACUUAUAGCGCUGGAGGAACAGUUUCCUCCUGUGUUAGCUGUCCUGAGGGAAAAUCUGUUGCAGCAGGACAAGGGAGCUCGGAGAGUGACUGUUCCUGGAUUCCGUGUGAAAGUGGCAAUUACCUAGACCAAGUGAACGGAUGUACACCAUGUGGAGAAGGAACCUACAGCGGUGGAGGAACAACUUCAGAGUGUUCUAAUUGUCCUUCUGGUAAAACAGUGGGACUUGGUGAUGUUCCUUGUGUGGGGGCACACUUUCUAAACCAAGCAACAGGAUGCCAGAGCUGUGAAGUAGGGACUUUCAGUCCUGGAGGAACAGUUUCCUCCUGUGUGAGCUGUCCUGAGGGAAAAUCUGUUGCAGCAGGACAAGGUAGCUCGGAGAGUGACUGUUCCUGGAUUCCAUGCCAGGGAGGGACCUUUAAGGACGGUUCACUGUCAGUAUGUCAACAGUGUCCCACAAACAGUUAUAGUGCGGAGAGAGCAGGGCUGUGUAUAACGUGUCCUAGAGGAUCGCAUGCUUCCGAGGAUCACAUUCGCUGCGUUUCUUGUGAGAGUCUGCCUUCUAACUGGAAGGAGAUUAUAACAGAGACACAGUUCCCCCUCCCACCUGGGGCUGAAGUGUCCCUGAAGUGUAGUCCCGGACACACUCUGGCUGGAGACAGCACUGUCACAUGUGUUGAGGGAACUGACUUUUCCUCAAUUAACACCCCCUCUUGUGUCCUAGACAUGUGUGGGUCCCUCCCCGACACAGCAAAACUAGGAACGAGUACCGAGUUCCCGGUGCAGUACGGUGUUGUGAUGACAGUGGACUGUGAGACUGCAUACUAUCUGUCAGGAGCUGAUACUAUCACCUGUAUUAAAGAUAGGAUAUACAAGUCACACCAGGAUCCUGUUUGUAUUGCAAAGACCUGCACGCGGCUACCCCCGGAGAUCACACACCUACAGACAGACACACAGUUCCCGGUGACUCACAGCACUACAGUACCAGUACAGUGUUCAGAGGGAAGGGAGCUAAGGGGGGAUCUUGUGAUAACGUGUGACCAGGAUACUGACUUCCUCUUCCAGGAGAAACCUCGCUGUAAUGAACUGGGAACUUGCUCGGAAUUACCGCUAGACAGUAAUCUCUACAGUGACUCCCAGUUCCCUGUGAAGAAGGGGACAGCAGUGGAUGUGAGCUGUGUGACUGGGUUCUCCUUAACCGGAGACAGAGCCAUCACCUGCGUCCAGGACGCAGACUUCAACUCCCCCCGGAACUUCCCUAGCUGCUCUAUCGACAAGUGCACUAGAUUGCCGGAUGAAAUGUUCGACAUGAAGACAAACAUCCCUUUUCCAGUGGACUACGACACAAAAGUGGAACUGGAUUGUAUCCCGGGGUACAGUCUGUCAGGAAACGGUCUGAUCACCUGUAUCAAGGAAAAGAACUGGGAGUAUGAAGACAUUCCUCGCUGUGUUUUAGACACGUGUACAGAACUCCCAGCAGCUCUGUCAGAAAUGACAACGACCAGCACCUUCCCCGUGAUAGUAGGAACAGUGGUGGAAGUUGCCUGUAAACCGGGUCUCGCUCAAGCUGGGGACAAUGCUAUUACAUGUGAGAGGGGAGUAGUCUUCACCAUGGAGCAACGUCCUACUUGCACCAUAGACCAAUGUAGAAGACUGCUGACAGAGAACUAUCUCAUCACUAACUCGAGUUUCCCUGUCGUAUACGGGACUACGAUCUCAGUGUCCUGUCAGCCAGGUUACUCCUUGAUGGGGAGUAAGGAGAUCACAUGUGAGCAGGGAAUAUUGUUCUCUCACCAAUCCACCCGUCCUAAGUGUGUCAACCCAGGUGAGACUUAA